AUGCCACACAAAGUGAACGACUCCAAUUCCACACUGGCAAGCAGAGCCAGCAGCAGUGAUCAGGUGGUCGCCACCGUAGUCCGAAGUCUAAUGCCUCACAUCCCUGUCCCCGAUCUCCAGAUUCAGCCCGAGCUAAUGCACAUCCUAGCAACCAAUCCCGUCCGCAAACCUCCGGUGGUCGUCCACAACAAGGGCGGCCGAAUAUACGAUGAGACGCGGCCAUCUGACUGGGACAAACAACGCUGGAAGUAG